AUGCCUACCGCCAAGCCUAAGUUGGGGAAGCUUACCACUCCCGUCACCGCUACCUUUCCUUCAGAGAUCACAUCGGCAACGCCCAUCUCGGCCGUCUCAUUUACAUUUAAACCUGAUCCAGACUUUCUCAAGACGCCUAUUAGCCCACCCAUGGCCUAUACCGACUUCCUCACCAAGGCUAUGGCUCUCAACUCCCCAGCUACGAGCUCAGGGCAGACCACCCCAGACUCGCUCCCAGAUACGGCGACUAGCGAGGAAACCGACACCUCCAGCAAGAGUGAAGAAGGCACUCCUCCGACUUCAGCUUCAAGCACUACAAAGAAAUUUGCCCGUCCAACUCCCCCAGCGACGGCUCCUAUGGUGCCCCCUAGUCCCUUCACCUGCUCCACGCCUAUGUCUGCUCCUCCCACUGGCCCUGCCUGUUUCCCCAGCCUCAAGGUGCCUCCCAGUCCCAGCGUCUCUAAUAUUGACUCGCCAUUGAGCGCAAGCACCGCUCGAUCACCCUUCAGUGCCAGACCGGUCCAUUCAGUGUUUGACUGGGACGCUGCUCUCAAGGCUCGCCUACUAGAGAAGAAGCAGAAGGCCUCACGGACAAGCGUGCGACACAUCCGAGAGGUAGUGACAAGAACUGUCACAUACACACCCAGAAUGGCACCAGCACCAAAGGGCAAGAGACGAAAGGUGGAAUAA